UCGGUGGCUCAGGUACCAUGAUGUCCUUGGCUGUGGUGUUGAAUCUUCUGCUUUUGGUGUCCAUUGCUUCUGCAGGACACCAUUAUGGAGGCUCAGUGACCUUCAGCCCUAAAGGAACCAAUGCAGAUGGAAGCAUGAGGGUUGAGUUUCGUUUCAAGCGAACCUAUGACUGGUGUAUUUCUAGUUGGUGGUCCUGCUCCUCUGGAAAUUGUGGCUAUGAAUCCAGCAGUUUAGAAGGUCAAAUCGAUAGAAGCUCUAACGGCAGAAGUGGUUACACCAACAGCUGGUGCCAAUCAGAAACUGUUGUCACAAGAAACAUCCGCGGAAACACACCCUUUGACCUACAGGACUCUUCAUGCUGCUGGGUGCCCACAGUCAACGGUGUUGGUUGGUGGUUCCUCCAGACACACGUAGAUCUAGGCAUAAGAUCUGAUACCAAUCAACCCAACCGAUCACCUGUCACCACUAUUUUACAACUUCUACGUGUACCCCAAAACUGUCCUCGUACAUAUCACCUGAUUGCCUAUGACCCAGAUGGUGACCAGGUCAGAUGCAGAUAUGGAGCUCAGCAGAAUGUUGAAUGUGCCACAUGUGACCAGCCAAGUGGUUUCCAACUAGAUCAACGUGCCUGCACACUGGACUACAGCUAUGCCUACACAGCAGGCGUCUACGGAUUUGAGCUGAUUGUGGAGGAUUUCCCAAGGAAACACACCACUCUGGCCUAUACCGAUGGCUCUAGCUCUUACAGAUGCGCUCUGAGUGGUGGAAGACACCGAAGGUCAUUAAGUGCGACACCGUACCCAUGGUAUUACCAAAGUUCAACAGCUGGUCCAGGGUCGCAACAAACUACAACUCCUUCACCAUGGUGGUGGUGGUGGCAACAGCAACAAUUGACCACCGCUGCACCUACAACUCCAGCAUGGUGGUGGUGGCAACAGCAACAAUCGACCACCGCUGCACCUACAACUCCAGCAUGGUGGUGGUGGCAACAGCAACAAUCGACCACCGCUGCACCUACAACUCCAGCAUGGUGGUGGUGGCAACAGCAACAAUCGACCACCGCUGCACCUACGACUCCAGCAUGGUGGUGGUGGCAACAGCAACACACAACCACUGCUCCACCUACAACAGCCCAGUGGUGGUGGUGGCUGCAGACGACAACCACAACCACAACAACACAGCCACCUCAAGUGUACACAACUACCGCGGGGUCACAUCAGCGUUCUUAUGAACCUUUCAGCAAGCUCCCUCUGCAAUUCAGUGUUCUCGUGGAUUCAGCUGCUCCUUCCUGCACCGAGGGACAUUACAUACCUCAUUUUGUGUCACCAACUCCACGUAAUGGAGACGAAAUCCAAGCUACGCCACUCCGUGAAGUGGAAAUCCGGGUUAAAGCUUCAGCAGCUUAUGCAACGGUUACUGAUGUCAUUAUCAGUGGUCCUCUGAACAUAACUAAGCAUGCUUUGAGCACUGGAGAGUAUGCCAUCAGAUGGACACCAACAAGGAACGACCUCGGAGAUCAUUUCCCCGUGUGUUUCAUUGCUGAGAGCAUGAGCGGACACAGCAUUUAUCAGUCUGAAAUGAGAUGUGUCAUUAUCAACGUUGGACACCAGGCUGUGGAUGCACAUGUGAUUUGCACUGCAACCAACAUGGUCGUCGAAAUUGAGCAGUUGCACUCCGUCGGGCUCCACAAGGACUACCUGCGACUCAACAAUCCCGCCUGCACUUUGGACUCAAACGGGACUCAUGUGUUGGCAAACUUCUCCCUCAAUGCUUGUGGCACCUUGAUUGAGGAGGAUGAAAAGUACAUCAUUUUCAAGAAUGAAAUUUUCUCAACCGAUGACCCAAACAGCAUCAUUACCAGAAAGCAUGAGGUGGAGAUCGAGUUCUCCUGUCGUUAUGAGAAGAAAAACAACAUCUCGCUGCAGUUCACCGCACGCAGACAUAUAACCACCAUCACCGAGAAAGGCUUUGGUACCCUCACCUACAGCUUCGGACUCUUCAAAACAGUAAACUACCUCACAGAAAUAGAUGUGACUGCAUAUCCGGCAGAGUAUGAGCUUGGGGAGAUGAUUUACAUGCAGAUUGAAUCCCAGUCUACAAUCAACAACACCGAGCUCUUUGUCGAAUCAUGUGUUGCGACACCAUACAAUGACGCCAACUACCAAAGGUCCUAUGCAAUCAUCCAAAAUGGGUGCAUCCUGGAUGAAACAGUUCAGUUCUACACAAGCCACCAACCAAUGGUACGCUUCGGCCUGCAAGCUUUCCAGUUUAUUGGAAUGCAUGACCAGGUGUUUAUCAGCUGUUCGGUGAUUCUUUGCGAAGCGAACAAUCCCUUCACCCGCUGCUCUCAGGGCUGCAUCAACAGCGCAACCUCUCCACCGUCCCACCACGUUCACAGAAGAGAGGCUCCUAUCCAGACCAGCAGUCACUUAGUCUCUCAGGGGCCCUUGCGGCUGAAGAGGAGUGUAGAGCAUGAAGUGUCCUCCACGGUCUUGAACCUGAAUCUGAUUUUCAUUGCCGGAUGCCUCCUUGCAGCUGUUGGCAUGGUGUGUGGUGUUCUCAUCUACAGAACCAGAUCAUCCAAAAUCAAAUAUCAGCCUCUUAAGUCAGAUGACAUUUAAUAGAUCAUCUCGAAGGCUACAACAAUGUGUCCUCUUUGCUCUCUCAGGGAAGAUUCUGGCUUAUUCUGUUUCUUUUAAAUAUUGUAAUGGAUUAUAACUGAUUGUUAGGGUUAUUAUUCCACAGCUGCCACUGUUUUGGUCUAUUAGUGUGUACCUUCGUAUUGCACCAUUCAGACUGCUGAUAAUAAAAUCGAUAAAGAAAAUAAAGUGAGUGUUCAGAUAAUGCAUAGCCACACAUUCAUAAUUAAAUUAACUUAGCUGUUGUUUUAGUCUGUUUAUUCACCAAAGGCCAUUUCUGUGAAUGCAUGCAGCAUUAGAAAUGCAUGCAUUAUUAUGCAUCAUAAAUGGGUCAUUCUAUUGGAAAUGUCCAUUUUUCUGUCCCUAGCCUUUACAGAAUCAUUACACUUGAAAAACUCUUUAGGGUUGCAAUUCUUUCUGUUUUAAAAUGAAACAAUGUUAUUUGAACAAUUACACCUUCUUGAGUUAUCAGAAGGUGUAAUUGUUAAUUUUUAAUGAAUUAUUAUGAAUUUCAAACACUACAAAACUGCUCAUCCCAGCAGCGAUGUACAAAGGUUUUUCCACCAUUUAAAAUACAACAAUGUAUUCAUAACUAUCAAAUAUAUGAUGUAAAUGGCAUAAAAAACGAAAAUAUAUAAGGAAAGUAGUGGUCCCCUGGAAUUGUCACUGGUGUUACCGUUCAACAAAAAUUGUUUGAAAUAAAAAUCACACUGAUGACA